AUGCCACCAAAACAUGCAAGGCAGUCACUUGGAGGCGCCAAAAGGCCUCCUAAAGCUAGCCAGGAAACAUGCGACGAGAUAGAAGAAUGGAGGAGAGGCAAACAACUUGUGAAGCCAAAAGAUCAGCUAGAAUUGAAUGAAGUCGAGCUUAAAGAAACUAUCUCGAAACAGUUGAAUAAUAAUAAUCCUCAACCUCCUGAUAGUCUGGUGGAAUUUAAUUAUGGAACUGGCGAGUUUUUGCCGAUAGCUCCUCCCGUGAAUAUAGUAGUGUUCGAGAGCCAAGGUACGGCUUUGCAUAAGGAUUCGGAAGAAGCACACGCUCAAUUGAUAGAGCAAGGAAUUGAUCCACAAACAUAUGAAGGAUCAGCAGAGUCAUCACUGGGAGAAGAGAUCGUUCUAAAAGUUAGUGAGCCCACGGAAGCCGAUAGUGAAGCCGGUGAAGAAGGGGAAGGUGAAGCAAAAGAUGAAGAAGCUGAAGAUGAAAAACAUGACAAAGUUGAAGAAGAAGCUGAAGGCGAGGCUGAAGGGGAAUGUGAACCUGAAGCCAAAGUAGAAACUGCUAAAACGCCCCAAAAGGGAGGAAAACCCAGAAAAUUAACAAACCAGUUUAAUUUUUGCGAAAGAGCAGCAUUAACUUAUAAUAAUCCAGUAAGAGCACAGGAAACUCAAACUGUACCUCCUCCAAUGGCAACAUUUUCGGCAAAUGUACUUCAAUGGGUAAUUUAUGAUGCUUACCAACAAGAUUUUGAAGCGCAACAGUUGGAAAAAGAAUUAGAAAGAGAACGGAAAGAAAAGGAAAAAGCUCCAGUGUCCAAACAUCAAGCAACUAAAAAAAUUCAAGGUAGAGCUCAACUUAGUGAAGCUGUGCAAGGAAGAGUAUUAGAAUGUUGGAAAGUCUUGGAAAGGAUGAUUAAUCAAAACAGUUAUGAUGAUAUUGCUAAGGAUUAUAGAUAUUGGGAUGAUCCUGCAGAUGAAUUCAGAGAUGGAGAAGGUACUUUAUUGCCUUUAUGGAAAUUUACUUAUGACAAAACGAAAAAGAACACAAUUACAGACCUUGAAUGGAACCCUUUUUACUAUGACUUGUUUCAAGUUUCUUUUGGGUUCUUCGACUUUUUAAAACCAACACCUGAAGGAGCUGUUUGCUUGUUUACCUUAAAAAAUCCUUCAUUUCCUGACUAUAUUUGUCUGACAGAUUCUGGAGUAAUGUGCAGCGAUACUCAUCCGAAAUAUCCAUAUAUGGUAGUGAUAGGGCUCUAUGAUGGAAGCGUUCAAGUUUAUAAUGUUCAAACAACUUGUAAAACACCUGCAUUUAGAAGCGAUAAUGUAACAAAUAAGCACAAUGGCAUAGUUUGGGAAAUAAAGUGGGCCCCAGACCUUCCUGAUGGCGAGUUAAAUUUUGUUUCAAUAGGUUCUGAUGGUAAUAUUAAUAAUUGGGUUUUAAUGCAGAAUGAAUUAGCUGUAACUACCAUUCUGACACUGUUUUUGAGCAAAGAUCCAGUUCUUGGUCCUGAUGGUACUCAUCUUAAAGUUAAAAGUUGUGCUUCUUGCGUUAGGCUGCAUCCAAAAAAUCCUAUAAUUUAUUUAGUUGGCACCGAAGAAGGUCAAAUAUAUAAAUGCAGUACAGCCUACAGUUCCAUGUGUUUGUUGACAUACAAUGCCCACUUACUUCCAAUAAAUAAAAUAGAUUUUAACAAAUACAAUUCUGACAUAUUUAUUUCCUGCAGCAGCGACUGGCGAAUAAAAAUUUGGGAAGACAAUCGUUUAGAACCACUUUUUGUUUUUGACUUAGGAGAUCGAGUAGGGGAUGCAAAAUGGGCGCCGUAUUCUUCGACAGUCUUUGCUGCAGUCACUAGCGAAGGUAAAGUCUAUGUAUUUGACUUGAAUGUUAACAAAUAUAAACCAAUAUGUGUGCAAGCAGUGGUCUCAAAAAGGCGGAAUAAAUUGACUAGACUGUCAUUUAACCCUAAAUUGCCUAUUAUAAUUGUGGGAGAUGAUAAAGGAUGUGUGACCACAUUGAAAUUAUCUCCAAACUUAAGAAUUCCCUGCAAAGCUCCGAAAAAACAACAACAUUUAGAUCAAUGGACUUUGCAAUGCAUGAAAUUGGAUAGAUUAUUGUCUCUUGUUCGAGAACCGGUGAAUUUGACACUUCCAGAGGACACUGCUGGAUCAGAAGAAUCUUAA